UCUCAAGGUGACGGCCCUCAAGGGACCGCUGAACCAUCACCGUUUCCUUGCAUUGCUUCCCCGUCACAUAUCCUGCUACGCGGCACCAUUGGGCACAAAGAGAGAUGCUCUGCCUUGGGUCAAGUUCCCAGAUGAUGACCACCGCGAUUCCUGCAUCACCCCGAAGCCCACGCUCGUCGUCCUUUCGACGACUGUUUCAUCGCCAAAGCUCUUCGCCGUCCACCUCACCAAGGCCGCGCUCAACAGCGAAGCUGUAUGACGAUGGGGAAGACGACGACGAGCGCUCGAUCCUCCCGCAUGCGUCAUCAUCAAACCUUUUCCCGGAGAAGAGGAGAUCAUCGUCUGAUCAUCUAACGAAGAGAGACGGGGACGAGCUAGCACCAAAUGAGGAGACUCAAGAGAGAGUAGCGAAAAGAGACGAAGCAGAGCAGCGACAAAAACAUGACCGUCCGGCAGUCCCGGCAGCGAAGUGGUGGUCAAGGUAUGAGAACCAAAGCGUUCGAGGUGCAAGACGUCGAUCUGCAAGUCCACCCCAGCAAAGCACAGCCGGUUUGCAUGGUGCUUCGUCGCCACCGCCACCAGUCUUGAUGGCAUGGCCUGCAGGGCUUCUCAUGGCAAGCGCUCGUCCUUCGACUAUCCACCAAGCAUCUCGACGAGAGCAUCAACACGUCAAAACAGCGAAGUUCAGGAGCUCUAUCGAGGAGGAUGAGGAACAACAUUCUCUCAUCAGCCGAAGCAAUACCAUCAAAGCCGCUAGGUAGGCUUGCCGGCCACGCCAUACCAUGUAGGACAAGGGAGACAUGUGUUUAGAAGAGAGCGGCGAGCACAGGAGCCAAUCAGUAGUUUUAGGAGGCUCGACUAGGGUAGUUUUGACCAUCUUUCAAAUUUUCUGUAAUGACAUCAAGUUGUGGUAUUGAGAGCAAUCUGCCCUUGUCUCCCAGCCCUG